ACAGUAGUUGAUGGACGGGGUCCGGUGGGCGUUCCGGUGCGGUUCGUGGGUACCGACCCGUUCCGAGUGGACACUGGCGGCCCGUUGCAUCCAACCGGAGGAGAGGGAACGGAUCGGGCAGUUCGUGUUCGCCAAAGAUGCGAAAUCUGCCAUGGCCGGACGUCUGCUGAUCAGAAAGCUGGUUUGUGAGAAGAUGGGUUUAUCCUGGGACGGGUUUCGACUGGACAGAACUGCUCGGGGGAAACCGUACCUGUCCCAGUCCUCCCACUGGAGCUUCAACGUGUCCCAUCAGGGAGAUUACGCUGUGCUGGGAGCCGAGCCGGGACGUCCGGUGGGCAUCGACCUGAUGAAGACCAGCAGGCCAGGCAGUGGCUCCACGCAGGAGUUUUUCCGCAUCAUGAAUCGCCAGUUCACGGAUCUGGAGUGGACGAACAUCCGGACGGCCGGCUCGGACUGGGACCAACUGGACAUGUUUUAUAGGCACUGGGCGCUGAAGGAGAGCUUCAUCAAAGCGAUUGGCACAGGACUGGGCUUCGACCUGCAGAGGGUGGAGUUUCACGUCUCGCCCAAUCAGAUGCGAGAGGGGCAAGUGUACCGGCAGACACGCAUGUUCCUGGACAGCGAAGAGGAGGACUGGAUGUUUGAGGAGAGCUUAUUGGACAAAGAUCAUCACGUGGCUGUGGCGCUGGGAAAGCCAGAUAUCAGCGCGUCUAAAGAGGACGGUGGAAGUUUGUGUGAAGCUCCGCCCCUUUCGUUCACUCACUUGAGUUUCAGUGAUCUGGUGUCUAGAGCCACGCCCCUAACCGAGGAAGACUCCGCCCACUGGGAGAGAUUUCACAGCAAAAAGGAAGCGCCUUCAAGGCAAAGUGAACAGCAGUGACCCUUGAAUGCAAAUAUAUGUAAAUAAAGUACAUGUUUAUAUAUUC